AUGGGCAAGGGCUCCUUCAAGUAUGCCUGGAUGUUGGACAAACUGAAGGCUGAGCGUGAGCGUGGUAUCACCAUUGAUAUUUCCCUCUGGAAAUUUGAGACCAGCAAGUACUACGUCACCAUCAUUGAUGCCCCCGGGCACAGAGACUUCAUCAAGAACAUGAUCACUGGUACUUCCCAGGCUGACUGUGCUGUGCUGAUUGUGGCUGCUGGAGUUGGUGAGUUUGAGGCUGGUAUCUCUAAGAACGGACAGACCCGUGAACACGCCCUGCUUGCCUACACCCUGGGAGUCAAACAGCUUAUUGUUGGAGUCAACAAGAUGGACUCCACCGAGCCCCCUUACAGCCAGGCUCGUUUUGAGGAAAUCACCAAGGAAGUCAAUGCUUACAUCAAGAAGAUCGGCUACAACCCUGCCACUGUGGCCUUCGUCCCAAUUUCUGGAUGGCAUGGGGACAACAUGCUGGAGCCCAGCUCAAAUGUCAGCAUCUGCCUUACAUCCGUUUUAAGCAGUAUUGGAACUGUGCCUGUUGGACGUGUUGAGACUGGAACUCUGAAGGCUGGUAUGGUUGUGACCUUUGCCAACGUGACCACUGAGGUCAAGUCUGUGGAGAUGCACCAUGAGUCUCUUGCUGAGGCUCUCCCCGGAGACAACGUUGGCUUCAACGUUAAGAACGUGUCUGUCAAGGACAUCCGCCGUGGAAACGUGGCUGGAGACAGCAAGAACGACCCCCCUAUGGAGGCUGCAAACUUCACAGCUCAGGUUAGAUAUAAAUAAGAGAAUGUUAUCUUC